UUUAUGGAAUUGAAUAGAUGAAUUCCUGUUAUAAUUUUAAUUAGCAUAAAUUAAACAUACAACACAAAACUACCAUGAUAUGUGAGGAUUACACAAUUACAAUUAAAACAGCUUGAAUGAUUGUUUUGCAUUACAGUAAUGAGAUCUGCACGUGUGUAUGUCACAAUGUAUAUGUACAUUAUCAAUGAAUAAUGUAUUUAAUGUGACGUAUGUGAAGAAACCACACCUACUAUUCAAAUCAGACUGCAGGAGAACGCUGAAAGAUGUGGCUCAAAUACCAUCGGCUCUCGACAUCAUUCGAAACACUUGACUUCUAGUUUUACUAGUUCAGUGUGCUUAGACCCCUCCUUCUCUACUGAUGCAUGUCAAGACAGACUGAGCUCUAUAAACCAGCGGAGUGAGAACACCUGUAAACCCAACAACAGCUUCAGCUGCGAUGUCUAACCCGGACUACAAUCCCUCCUCUUAAAACCCCAGUACCUGCGAGAGGACAUGUCUGCAAACCUUCCCGAAGAGGACCUCUCCUGUCCCGUGUGCUGCGAGAUCUUCCAGGAUCCGGUGCUUUUGCCGUGCAGCCACAGUUUCUGCAGGAGCUGUCUGGAGCACUUCUGGGAGCGCGCGGUCAUUCGUAGCUGCCCCGUCUGCAGACGAAGAGCCUCCAAGAAAAGCCCUGCUUCAAACCGGGCCCUCAAAAACCUGUGUGAAGCAUUUCUGCUGGGAAGAGGCCAGGGCAGUGCAUCUGGAUCGAACAUCCUGUGCUGGAGACAUGGAGAAAAGCUCAAACUCUUCUGUUUGGUGGAUCAGGAGCCCAUCUGUGUGGUGUGCCAAGCCUCAAAAAUGCACAAAGGUCACGACUGCUCUCCCACAGAAGAGGCGGCUCUGGACUGUAAGGAUAAAAUGACUGCUGCCUUGAAGGUUCUGCAAUUUAAACAGGAGAUAUUCAAUAAAGCAAGACAAUCUUCAGCUAUUACUUUGGAGCACAUUAAGAACCAGGCCAAGCGAGUUGAGAGACAAAUGAAGGAUGAGUUUCUCAAGCUCCAUCAGUUUCUUUAUGAGGAGGAAGAGCGCAGGUUAUCAGCACUGAAGGAGGAGGAAGAGUGCAGGGUUGCGGCUGUGAAGAACAGAGAUGAUGAUAACACUCGGAAGAUAUUGUCUCUUACAGACAUGAUCAGGACGAUGGAGCAAACCAUAAACGCUGAAGAUUUAACAUUGCUGCAGAACUUCAAAGCUAUAAUAGACGGAACAUGGACUACCUUUCAGGACCCGGAAGGCAUGUCAGGAUCUUUGUUGAAUGAAUCUAAGCAUCUUGGGAAUCUAAAGUACAAGGUCUGGGAGAAGAUGCAGGCAGUUGCACCUUACAGCCCAGUAAUUCUGGACCCAAACACAGCCCACCCUUGCUUGGCGCUGUCAGACGACCUGACCAGUCUCCACUAUAGCACCCCAAACCAAGUUCUCCCCAGUAACCCUGAGCGUUUCCACAUCAGCGCAGAGGUGCUGGGCUGCACCACCUUUAGUUCUGCAAGCCACGGCUGGGAGAUUGAGGUUGGUGAAAAUGAGGACUGGAUCCUGGGCUUGGCCAGUGAGUGUGUGAAGCGAGAUCAGGAAGUACCUGCCAGACCAGAGAAUGGCUUCUGGACCAUCUGUUUACGGGAUGGGCAAUACAGGGCUAUGGCAUCACCCCCAACUGCUAUAAAAGUGGAGGAGAAACUGCAGAGGGUCUUGGUCCAGCUGAACUGGGACAAAGGGGAGGUGCUUUUUUCCAACCCAUCACAUCAAGAAAUUAUAUACACUUUCAAACAUGUCUUUACCGAGAAGUUAUUGCCGUACUUCUACACACAAAGUAAGCAUCCUUUGCGUAUCCUCUCCAAGCCUGUGAUGGUGUCUACGUGAAAGCAUCUUCUAAAAUAGGGAAGAUUCAAACUGUGGAAAAUUAAUCACAUAUACACAUUUUACAGAUGCUUAAAGCGAUUUACAGUUCAUCAUAAAGUUUAUUGUGCAAAGUAGCCAGAGGCAGUUAUCUUAAUGUGCCUGAGCAAGCUUACUGCUAAUAAACAUUCAGACAAGUGCAGUUUCUGAAUCUGUCUCAGUUGCUGUUUGUCAUUACUGUACGUACACACAGUAUGAAACAAUUUAUAAAUUGUGUACGCCACAACAGCUUGACAACAAUUUUUUCUUCUUCUUGAGAAUAAACAGCCACGUAUUAAA